CCGCCUCGGCGUGUUGCGAUUUGUUUGUUUUGACCGAGCGAGCGGGGCGACAUCAUCCCGGCCCCGGCAGCCAGUCAGCCAGCAGCGCCAUCAGGCCAGUCAUCGGAGAGAUGACGACGACCGACGUUGGUUGCUUUGGUUGGCGAAAACCCCAUCAGUCGCUGUCGUGGGAUCAAGGAAUAAAGACGUCGUCCGGAUUGGUUGUUGUCGUCGCCGCCGCCUGGUGUGUUUGUGCGUGGUAACUACUGAACUGACUGGAUGUCGACGCGAGUUGCACAGCAGCCAGCGUUCUCUCGACACCGACUACGACUGCCUUCACCACCGUCGCCGCCACCGCCAACGGGUUGCGGCAUUUCUUUUUUGGCUACCGACUAACGGACAAACGUCGCGUUGACGAAGACGAAGUCGACGACGACGACGACCGGCGCGCGGUGCAACAGCAGCAACAGAGACCCAAUCCGUACCGUUGGUUUCUGGUGGCGCGUCAGUCAAGAUUUUGCGGUCUCCGUCGAUGGUUGGCGCGCGGCGCGGUGGACAUAGAAUAAGACUUACGAUCCACGGAAUCGAUUUGUCCCCAGGACCAACGACGGAUGGACGGACGGAUGAAGACGACAAAAUUGGCGUUGGUCAUGGUUUGUUGAGUCCGGUCCACGAAGACGACGAGUGUUGUUUAUGGUUUGGCUUGACGAUCGUUGGGCUAACAUGUGCCAUGUGAGAAAAACGGGGGAAUAUUCUUCAGCCGCGAACGACAUAAAACGAAAUUGGUUCUUCCGGUCGUUUAGAGCAGUCGUCGCCAAUUCACCGAAAGCGACGACAUCGUUAAGUGAUCGAUCAUACAAAAUUACGGCGAUUUAAACAGUUGAAGGAGUUGUUAACUAAAAUGUAGAACGUGAUUUCCGAAGAAAGUGAGGAAGUGCAAAGUGGGGUUUCGGAUUAGUCAGUGCUAGUUGGCGAAGUAGUUAACAAAAAGUAUUUGUAGCGGUUGAGAGUGUAAAAAAUAGUGAAUACGUAUAACUUAAGCAAACAGUGUAUUGAGUAAAAAAGUUGUGUAUUAUAGCACAUCAAUGCAUGUAAGAAAUGUAAUGAUUAAAGUGGAAGCUGUCGAAAAUUAACUGAUGCAGUAAUAGCAAAAACAUUUCCUCUCACUGUAUAUGUUUUGUGGUCAGGCUGUAAAGAUAUGAUUCAAAAGAUGGAUCGCUACUUCCCAUCUGGUGGUACCUGUUGCAUGCCAAUAAAAUUCACCCCUUGAGAAGGCAGUACCUACUACUGGGUCGAGUGGCUGUUGGUAUGGAACAAUGCUGUCGCUCCUUGUCUGGGCAUACAUUCGCCAGUACGCCACAGAACCCUCGUUCGAGCCAGAACAUUCCAACGACGACGUUAGCGGAAAAUCAUUGGAGCAGCAGCACGACUUCCUCGAUGUACUCAUUGGCACCCAACGGGGCACUCGCCACCAUGUUGCUACCGUGCAGGACAACCGGAGCCAUCAAUAUUGGUAUAAUGACACCGCCAACGCUGCUAGUCGGAGAGUGAAUCUGACCUCGUUUCGUCACAUCCCGCUGAGUGCUGCUCGAGUAGGUGUCAAACGAAACUCUGUCCCGGACUUGGAGGGCGAAAUUGGGGUCGUAAAUCUUAAUCACUACAACUGCUGUGCCACCGCCAACGAGCGUCGUCCUUCUUCUAUUAUGCGAUUUGGUGAUAACAGCAGCAAUUUGUUGAUAACCGAACAGAGUGCUAACGUUGUUGAGGUGAGUACUGGGAGUACCACUUCCGGCGGUCAGGUAUCGUCUCUGGUGGAUCAGGUUGCUUCCGCCGCUGCCGUCGCCGCCGGUGCUAGUGAGACAAACAUUAACGACAGUGUGGUGGGUGUAGUUGGGUGUCCUUCCGGUGUCGGUGGGGCAGAGGAUGCGUUUAGUAUGAACAUCACUCCGGCACUUUCUCAGGUUUUAUUAGCGCCAACCUCGGCGAGCGGUUCCGGAGCCAUCAUAUCGGUCGCUGCUGCCACGGCCACCAAAGUCGCCGCUUCCAACGACAACGUGACGAGUGAGGAGAUAAAUUCUUUUUAUUUUUAUGAGACUGAACAAUUUGCAGUAUUAUGGGCACUUUUCACCGUGAUUGUGCUGGGAAACUCGGCCGUGCUGGUCACGCUGCUGCUGAACAAGAACCGCAAAUCCCGAAUGAACUUCUUCAUCAAGCAGCUGGCGAUUGCAGAUUUAUGCGUGGGACUGCUCAGCGUGCUGACGGACAUCAUCUGGCGGAUGACGGUAUCCUGGAAGGCCGGAAACGUCGCUUGCAAGGCAAUCCGCUUCGCCCAGGCCAGCGUCACCUAUGCGUCCACCUAUGUGCUGGUGGCUCUCAGCAUCGACCGGUACGAUGCCAUCACGCAUCCGAUGAACUUCUCCGGUUGUUGGAAUCGCGCUCGACGAUUGGUGGCAGCAGCCUGGAGUUUAAGUGCUCUUUUCUCGCUUCCAAUUUUCUAUCUCUACCAGGAGAAAUCCAUACAGGGACGGAAGCAGUGCUGGAUUGACCUGGGCGAGGCCUGGCGGUGGCAAGUGUACAUGUGCUGGGUGGCCAGUUCCCUCUUUGUCCUGCCAGCGCUGAUCAUCUCAGCAUGUUAUGCAAUCAUCGUCAAGACAAUUUGGGCCAAGGGAGCAAUUAUGGGACCAAUCGAUCGAACCCGAAAUGGAAUUGCAGAUUUGGCCAGCAGACGAGCGAGCUCCAGGGGCAUCAUUCCAAAGGCAAAAGUAAAAACAGUCAAGAUGACAAUUGUGAUAGUGAUAGUAUUCGUCCUCUGCUGGUCGCCGUACAUCGUGUUUGACCUGUUGCAAGUGUUUGGCCAGAUUCCGGACACGCAAACCAAUAUUGCGAUUGCAACGUUUAUCCAAAGCCUGGCGCCGCUCAACUCGGCUGCCAACCCACUGAUCUACUGUCUCUUCUCGACGCAAGUGUGUCGAAUGAUAAAACGACUUCCCCCAUUCCGGUGGCUGCUGUCAUCCGAAUGGUGCUGUAAAAACCCGGACGGCCCCGCCGGUCGAGGUCCGCUGCGCAACGGGAUGGUGCUGAACAGGGGCCAACGGGGGCUGCAGAACCACAACAGUAGCGACUCGAUGCGAACGUUGACCACCUCGCUGACGAUCUCCUCACAGCGGUCCUGCAUCAGGCCAUCGCGGGUCGUCAUCGUCGAGCGACCGAAAGUAACCCUCGCCAUGUCCGAAGUUUGAAACUCUAUUUAUUGCUGUAGUUUGUAUUUUGUAUGGCGGUCGGGUCGGGUCGUCCCGCGCCGCAAUUGUACUGUCUAAUAGAGUUUAAGUAUUUAUUGACGUGUAAAUAGAAAACUUGCUGCCGCGUUUAAGCUCGGUGAAGACUGGUUCGGAAAAAUGGUAGAAGAUGCAGUAUUGGGACGUUUUAUGAAUGAAUGACAUUGAAUAAAGAAUGAUACUGGCUAGUUGCGUCGGAGGUGUGGUAUUAAUGCUAUGUGGUCAUCUCACGAAGACAAAGUGUCUAGGUAUUCGGUCCCUCUUAAGUAUAGUGUUCCCAUUUC